CUGUCCCUCUGUCCCUCUGUCCCUGCACCAUGGGGCCUGCCCCAGGUGCCAGCCUGCUGCUGCUUCUACUGACCUGUCUCCCCCUGGCCCUGGGGGAUCCCAUGUACUCCUUAAUCACCCCAAACAUCCUGAGGCUGGAGAAUGAGGAGAUAGUGGUACUGGAAGCUCACGAUGUGCAAGGGGACAUUCCUGUCACAGUCACCGUCACCGACUUUCCAGCCAAGAAGCAAGUGUUGACCAGCGAGAAAACCAUGUUGACAAGUGCCAAUGGUCACCUGGACACAGUCACCAUCACGAUCCCGGUCAGCAAGGAGUUGAAAUCAACGAAGAACAAGUUUGUGACUGUCCAGGCAAACUUCGGGAAAGAGCAGGUGGAGAAGGUGGUGCUGGUGAGCCUUCAGAGCGGGUACCUCUUCAUCCAGACAGACAAGACCAUCUACACCCCAGGCUCCACAGUCCUGUACCGGAUCUUCACCGUGGACCAAAACCUGCUGCCCGUGGGCCGGACUGUUAUAGUCAGCAUUGAGACCCCCGACGGCGUGAACAUCAAGAAGGACUCCUUGUCUUCUAACAACCAGGGUGGUAUCUUACCCUUGUCUUGGAACAUUCCAGAGUUGGUCAACAUGGGACAGUGGAAGAUUCGUGCCCACUAUGAAGAAUCCCCACAACAGGUCUUCUCUGCUGAGUUUGAGGUGAAGGAGUAUGUGCUACCCAGUUUCGAGGUCCAAAUAGAGCCUGCAGAGAAAUUCUACUACAUCAAUAACCCAAAGGGUAUGGAGGUCACCAUCACUGCCAGGUUUCUAUAUGGGAAAAAUGUGGAAGGAACAGCCUUCGUCAUCUUCGGGGUCCAGGAUGGUGACCAGAGGAUUUCACUGGCACAGUCCCUCACUCGAGUCUUGAUCGAGGACGGCAGGGGGGAGGCUGUGCUGAAAAGAGAGGUCUUGCUGGGAGGCGUGCAGCCCUCCAAAGCCGAAGCCCUGGUGGGGAAGUCCCUGUACGUGUCUGUCACCGUCAUUCUAGACAGAGGCAGUGACAUGGUGGAAGCAGAGUUCAAUGGGAUCCCCAUCGUGACCUCCCCCUACCAGAUCCACUUCACCAAGACACCCAAGUUCUUCAAGCCAGCCAUGCCCUUCGACCUCAUGGUGUUCGUGACAAACCCUGAUGGCUCCCCGGCCCCCCGAAUCCCCGUGAUGACCCAGGGCUCCGAUGUCCACUCCUUGACCCAGGAUGACGGUGUGGCCAAGCUGAGCAUCAACACUCCCAACAGCCGGCAGCCCCUGAGCAUUACUGUACACACAAAAAAGGAGGAUAUCCCAGAGGCACAGCAGGCCACCAAGACCAUGCAAGUCCAUCCCUACACCACCCACAGCAACUCCAACAACUACCUGCAUCUCUCUGUGCCCCGAAUGGAGCUCAAGCCAGGAGAGACGCUCAAUGUCAACUUCCACCUGCGAACAGACCCCGGCCAGGAUGCCAAGAUCCGAUACUACACCUACCUGGUCCUGAACAAAGGGAAGCUGUUGAAGGUGGGACGGCAGGCUCGCGAGGCCGGCCAGGACCUGGUGGUCCUGCCGCUGUCCAUCACGACGGACUUCAUCCCUUCCUUCCGCCUGGUGGCUUACUACACGCUGAUCGGCGCCAGCGGCCAGAGGGAGGUGGUGGCUGAUUCCGUGUGGGUGGACGUCAAGGACUCGUGUGUGGGCACGCUGGUGGUGCAAGGCAAUGAAGACAAAUACAAGCAGCACCUGCCCGGGCACCAGAUGACCCUCAAGAUCGAGGGCGACCACGGAGCACGCGUCGGGCUGGUAGCUGUAGACAAAGGCGUGUUUGUGCUGAAUAAGAAGAACAAGCUGACUCAGAAGAAGAUCUGGAACAUCGUGGAGGAUGGAGACAUUGGCUGCACGGCAGGCAGUGGGCAGGACUACGCAGGCGUCUUCGCCGACGCGGGACUGGCCCUGCAGACCAGCAAAGGCCUGCAAACCAAGCAGCGGACAGACCCUGAGUGCCCGAAGCCAGCCGCCCGCCGCCGGCGCUCUGUGCAACUCAUGGAGAAGCGGAACGACAAAGCCGGGCAGUACAAGGACAAGGAGCUGCGCCGCUGCUGUGAGCACGGCAUGCGUGAGAACCCCAUGAAGUUCAACUGCCAGCGCAGGGCCAGGUUCAUCAGCCUCGGCCCGCAGUGCGUCAGGGCCUUCCUGGACUGCUGCAACUACAUCACCAAGCUGAGGCUGGAGCACAGCCGCCUGCAGCCCCUGGGCCUGGCCAGGAGCAACACGGAUGAGGAUAUUAUGCCGGAAGAAGACAUCGUUACCCGGAGUCAGUUCCCCGAGAGCUGGCUGUGGACCAUAGAAGAAUUCAAAGAACCAGCGAAAAAUGGAAUCUCCACAAAGACCAUGAAUGUGUUCUUGAAAGACUCCAUCACCACCUGGGAGAUUCUAGCUGUGAGUCUGUCCGACAAGAAAGGGAUUUGUGUGGCUGAUCCCUAUGAGGUCAAGGUGAUGCAAGAUUUCUUCAUUGAUCUUCGUCUGCCCUACUCCGUGGUACGCAACGAGCAGGUGGAAAUCCGAGCCAUCCUUUACAACUACCGAGAGCUGGAUACCCUCAAGGUGAGAGUGGAGCUGCUCUACAACCCAGCCUUCUGCAGCCUGGCCACUGCCAAGAAGCGCCACCAGCAGACCAUAGAAAUCCCACCCAAGUCCUCGAGGCCUGUGCCUUACGUCAUCGUGCCCCUGGUGAUCGGGCACCAGGAGGUGGAGGUCAAGGCCGCCGUCUACGGCCGAUUCAUCAGCGACGGUAUCAAGAAGACCCUGAAGGUCGUGCCGGAAGGAAUCAGAGUCAACAAAACCGUGAUCGUCCGCACACUGAAUCCUGAAGUGGAGGGCCAGAACGGCGUGCAGCGAAUAGAGGUCCCUGCUGCAGACAUCAGCGACCAGGUGCCGGACACAGAGCUGGAGACCAGGAUCCUGCUGCAAGGGACCCCAGUUGCCCUGAUGGCAGAGGAAGCCAUAGAUGGCGAACGGCUGAAGCACCUCAUCGUGACCCCCUCUGGCUGUGGGGAGCAGAACAUGAUCGGCAUGACGCCCACGGUCAUCGCCGUUCACUACCUGGACAGCACGGACCAGUGGGAUAAGUUCGGCCUGCAGAAGCGGCAGGAGAGCCUGGAUCUCAUCAGGAAGGGGUACACACAGCAGCUGGCCUUCAAGCAACCUAACUGGGCCUAUGCGGCCUUCCUGGGCCGACCGUCCAGCACCUGGCUGACAGCCUACGUAGUCAAGGUCUUCUCUCUGGCCACCAACCUCAUCGCCAUCGACUCCCAGGUCCUCUGUGAGGCUGUCAAAUGGCUGAUCCUCGAGAAGCAGAAGCCAGAUGGAAUCUUCCAGGAGGACGCACCUGUGAUACAUCAAGAAAUGAUUGGUGGCUUCCGGAAUGACAAGGAGAAAGAAUCGGCCCUCACCGCCUUCGUGCUCAUCGCGCUGCUGGAGGCUAGAGAUAUUUGCGAGGGACAGGUCAAUAGCCUACCAGACAGCAUUGACAAAGCAGGAGAAUUCCUUGUAGACAACUACAUGAACCUGCAGAGACCAUAUACUGUGGCCAUUGCUGGCUAUGCCCUGGCCCAACUGGGCAAACUGGAGGACCCCUUCCUCAGAAAAUUUCUGGACACUGCUACAGACAAGAACCACUGGGAGGAACCCGGCCAGAAGCUCUACAGUGUGGAAGCUACGUCAUAUGCGCUCUUGGCCUUGCUGCAGCUCAGAGACUUCGACUACGUGCCUCCCGUCGUGCGCUGGCUCAAUGAGCAGAGAUACUACGGAGGUGGCUAUGGCUCCACGCAGGCCACCUUCAUGGUUUUCCAAGCCUUGGCCCAAUACCAGAAGGAUGUUCCUAACCAUGAGGACCUGAACAUGGACGUGUCCAUCCACCUGCCCAGCCGCAGCAGCGCAGUCCAGCACCGCCUCCUCUGGGAAUCCGCCAGCCUCCUGCGAUCAGAGGAGACCAAGGAAAAUGAGAACUUCACACUAAUAGCUACAGGGAAAGGACAAGGCACCUUGUCGGUGGUGACAACGUACCAUGCCAAGAUCAAAAAGGACAAAGCCAUCUGCAAGAAUUUUGACCUCAGGGUCAACAUACGACCAGCUUCUGACACAGUCAAGGCGCCUCAGGAAGCCAAGGGCACCAUGUUCCUUGAAAUCUGUGCCAGGUACCUGGGCAAACAGGACGCCACUAUGUCCAUCCUGGAUGUGUCCAUGAUGACCGGUUUCUCUCCUGACAUUGCUGACCUGGAAUUGCUGAGCAACGGCGUUGACAGAUACAUCUCUAAGUAUGAGCUGAACCAGGUCACAGCCAGCAAGAACACACUCAUCAUCUACCUAGACAAGAUAUCGCACGACCAGGAGGACUGUCUGACCUUCAAAGUUCACCAGUACUUCAACACGGGGCUUAUCCAGCCUGGAGUGGUGAAGGUGUACUCCUAUUACAAUCUGGAUGAGACAUGCACCAAGUUCUACCACCCGGAGAAGGAAGACGGGAUGCUGAGCAAGCUGUGCCACAAGGAUAUGUGUCGCUGUGCUGAGGAGAACUGCUUCAUGCACCCUGAGGGCAAGUUCACCGUGAAUGACCGGUUUGACAAGGCCUGUGAGCCAGGAGUGGACUACGUGUACAAGACCAAGCUGCAGGAGAUUGACCUGGAAAACGACUUUGACGAAUACUUAAUGGUCAUCGAACAGAUCAUCAAGUCAGGCUCUGAUGAGGUCCAGGUGGGGCACAAGCGCAGGUUCAUCAGCCACAUCAAGUGCAGGGAGGCCCUGAAGCUGCAGAAGGGGAAGCAAUACCUCGUGUGGGGCGUCUCCUCUGACCUGUGGGGCGAGAAGCCCAACAUCAGCUACAUUAUCGGGAAGGACACGUGGGUGGAGCUGUGGCCCGAGGCCGACGAGUGCCAAGACGAGGAGAACGAAUUGCAGUGCCGGGACCUGGCCGACUUCACCGAGAACAUGAUUGUCUUCGGCUGCCCCAACUGACCCCCGCCACAGACCCCUUAAUAAAGCUCUUUGUA